AUGAAACAAAUAAAUGUUCAAGGUGCAGCCAUUAUUGCAGAAGUUUGUCGUGAAGAAGGUGUUGAUAGAUUGGUUCAUGUAUCAGCUUUAAAUGCUGAUAUAAAUUCUCAAUCAGAAUUUUUUAAAACAAAAGCAUUGGGUGAAAAUGCAGUUAGAGAAAUAUUUCCAGAUGUUACAAUUGUUCGCCCUAGUAUUGUUUUUGGUUAUGAAGAUAGAUUUUUGAAUAGGAUGGGAGAAAAUCUGGAAUAG